GGGGGGGUUGGGGGGAAUAACAACACUGGGAAGGAGCAUCCCGAGGUGCAUAUUUUUAAGGGCGUGAUGAUUUUGGGCGUUUGAUUGAAAAGAGUGGUUUGUCUCUUCAUCCCACAGACCUCGUGAAUCCUUUCCUCCAACCCUCUGCCGGAGAUUGCGCCGUUCGAUACGCUUCCCAUGCCGUGAUCGGAAUCGGAAAACGUAUAUCGCAACAACAAGGGGAUCUACUCCGUCCUUGUAACCCUAACUUCUCAAACAUCAUGUAUCACAUUCGUCGAUUUCCAGUAAUUUUCCGAUUCGUUGCUCGUCCGAUCUGAUACGUAUUAUUCAACUAUCUCGAAUUUAAUCCGAUCGAUUCAAAGGGGAGUCUUGAAAUUGGUAUGAUAAAUCAUUAAGAUGUCGUUUAAAAGCAUUGUGCGCGAGCUGAGGGAGAUGAGAGAUGGGAUUGGAAAUAUAUCCAGAAGAGGGAUUGAAGGGAGACACUGGAGAAAUCGCACUAGAUCACAUAUUGCUCCGGAUGUAGCUCCAUCUGAAUUGAUAAACCAAGGUCAGUGGGCGAACUUGCCUCCUGAACUGCUUUUGGAUAUAAUCCGUAGGGUUGAAGAGAGUGAGACGUCCUGGCCGGCAAGAACUGUUGUUGUUUAUUGUGCAUCCGUUUGUAAGUCAUGGAGGGAUAUUACUAAGGAGAUUGUCAAGACUCCUGAAGAAUGUGGGAGGUUAACUUUUCCAAUCUCAUUGAAACAGCCUGGUCCUCGUGAUUCUCCAAUUCAGUGCUACAUAAGAAGAGAUAGAGCAACUUCUACACAUAGAUUGUACUUUGGGCUGACCCCAUCUGAGGAUGAAAGCGAUAAGCUACUGUUGGCAGCAAAGAAGAUCAGAAGGGCAACAAGUACGGAGUUUGCUAUCUCUUUGGUUGCGGAUGAUUUCUCAAGAGCUAGCUCUACUUACAUUGGCAAACUAAGGUCUAACUUCCUUGGAACCAAGUUCACCAUAUACGACAGCCAAUCUCCAAGUGACGCAUCAGUUCAAGCUAAUCAUAACCGUUCAAGUCAAAGAUUUCAUAAAAAACAGGUAUCUCCUAGAAUACCCGCUUGUAGCUAUAGCAUAGCCACCAUCUCCUAUGAACUCAACGUCCUACGAACAAGAGGCCCUAGACGAAUGAACUGUGUGAUGCAUUCUAUACCCAUCUCCUCGAUUCAAGAAGGUGGCUCUGCUCCAACUCCAAAAUCUUUCCCACACUCCUUUGACGACAAACAUUCACUUUCUUCACCUUCCUUUAAAGGCAAAGAUCCUAGUAAUGUUCGUUCCACCUCAUGUUUAUCGGGCCCCAUUUGUGUCGACCCUCUGAUGCUUAAAAACAAAGCCCCACGAUGGCAUGAACAAUUACAAUGCUGGUGCCUGAAUUUUAAAGGCCGGGUGACUGUAGCCUCUGUGAAGAAUUUCCAGCUUGUAGCUUCUGUUGAUCCUUCUCACAAUGUGUCGGCUGCCGAACAAGAUAAAGUGAUCCUGCAAUUCGGGAAGAUUGGCAAAGACAUCUUCACCAUGGAUUAUCGGUACCCCCUCUCUGCUUACCAAGCUUUUGCAAUUUGUCUCAGUAGUUUUGAUACAAAACCCGCAUGCGAAUGACAUUGAUCAUGAUACGCGAGUCGUUAUCAGGUUUUGAUCAUCUCACUUGGUUACGCACCCCACACACGAAUCUUCAAAUGUAUGUGCUCUUUAUGUGUGGAAAGAUUUUCCAGCAUUGCUAUAUGUUAUAAGCUCGAAAAUGUUUAGCAGCACAACAACUAGUUUCUCCUGUAGCUGUUCUAAUUGCAACAAAUAUGUGUUUUGCUAUCAUUAUUAACUCUUUUAAUCCAUCCAUGUUAAGAAAGCUCUAUGCAGAACUCUUUAUGCA